AAAAAAAAAUUGUUUUCUUUAUCGUGUUUAGAUCUCUGAUCCGAUCUCUAAUUAUUCACACUCUCUCUUGCCGUCUCUCUCCUUGAGCCAGCGAGCCAGCAAAACCCUCAAGCCACCGGCAGCUUUUCUGUUCGCCGGCUUGUAUCGGUGAAACAAUGUCGGAUAUGGAAGCACCACUUCGUCCCAAGAGAAAGAAGGUUUGGGUUGACUACUUCGUCCAAUUCAGAUGGAUUCUCGUAAUCUUUGUUGUUCUUCCCAUCUCCUGCACGUUAUACUUCCUCACUUAUCUAGGGGACGUUCGAUCCGAAAGAAAAUCCUUCAAGCAAAGACAAAAGGAGCACGACGAAAACGUUAAGAAAGUUGUCAAGCGCCUCAAAGAUAGGGAUGCAUCCAAAGACGGCCUUGUCUGCACUGCAAGAAAGCCAUGGAUCGCAGUCGGAAUGAGAAACGUAGACUAUAAACGCGCAAGGCAUUUCGAAGUUGAUCUUUCUGCUUUUAGAAACGUCCUUGAAAUUGAUAAGGAACGAAUGAUAGCCAGAUGUGAACCUUUAGUCAACAUGGGACAGAUAUCCCGUGUUACUGUUCCCAUGAACCUUGCUUUAGCUGUUGUAGCUGAACUUGAUGAUUUAACAGUUGGUGGUUUAAUCAACGGUUAUGGAAUCGAAGGAAGCUCCCAUCUUUAUGGACUGUUUAGCGAUACAGUUGUAGCAUACGAGAUUGUUCUAUCUGAUGGUAAAGUGGUUAGAGCUACGAAGGACAAUGAAUACUCUGAUCUUUUCUAUGCUAUCCCAUGGUCUCAAGGAACCCUAGGGCUUCUCGUGUCUGCUGAGAUCAAACUUAUACCUGUUAAAGAGUACAUGAAGUUGACUUAUAAACCGGCUGUUGGAAAUCUUCAAGAUAUUGCACAGGCAUAUAUCGAUUCCUUCGCACCAAGAGAUGGAGAUCAGGAUAAUCCCGAAAAAGUACCUGAUUUUGUUGAGACAAUGAUUUACUCACCAACCGAAGCUGUUUGCAUGACUGGUGUUUAUGCUUCGAAAGAAGAAGCUAAGAAGAAAGGGAAUACCAUUAACAACAUUGGUUGGUGGUUUAAGCCUUGGUUUUAUCAGUAUGCUGAGAAGGCUUUGAAGAAAGGUGAAUUUGUUGAGUAUAUUCCGACUAGGGAAUAUUAUCACAGGCAUACUAGAUGUUUGUAUUGGGAAGGGAAGCUUAUACUUCCCUUUGGAGAUCAGUUCUGGUUUAGGUUUCUAUUGGGAUGGUUGAUGCCGCCCAAAGUUUCUUUGUUGAAAGCUACUCAGGGAGAAGCCAUUAGGAAUUAUUACCAUGAGAUGCAUGUUAUUCAGGAUCUUCUUGUUCCCCUUUACAAAGUUGGUGAUGCACUUGAAUGGGUUGACCGCGAGAUGGAGGUAUAUCCUCUUUGGCUUUGCCCCCACAGAAUGUUCAAAUUCCCAUACAAAACCAUGAUCAAUCCGGAACCAGGAUUCGAAUUACAUCGCAGGCAAGGUGAUACAAGUUACGCUCAAAUGUACACAGAUGUGGGAGUCUAUUACACACCAGGGCCCGUUUUCAGGGGAGAAGUUUUUGAUGGGGCAGACGCUGUCCGUAGACUGGAGAAUUGGUUAAUCGAGAAUAAUGGAUAUCAACCCCAAUAUGCAGUUUCAGAGCUAUCUGAGAAGAAUUUUUGGAGGAUGUUUGAUGCUGGUUUGUAUGAGAAUACUAGGAAGAAAUAUGGGGCGGUUGGGACUUUUAUGAGCGUUUAUUACAAGUCUAAGAAAGGGAGGAAAACCGAGAAGGAAGUGCAGGAAGCUGAACAAGCUCAUUUGGAGACUGCUUAUGCUGAAGUUGAUGAGCCAACUGAUUAAUGUUUUUGAAAUUAGGGUUUAGUUUGGAGUAAUUUAGAAGCUCUUGGAGAACUUCCCUGUUUGUGUUUCUUUCUUUGAUUAUCAAGUGUUGUGAUGCUGCCUCCUGCUGCCCUUUCAUCUUUUAUUUUUUGGUAAGAUUUGAACUUUAAUUGAAUUUUUAUGAUGAUGACUUUUCAUGUAUUCAGAUUUCAUAAUAUUUGAAUGUGAGCUUAUGUUCAUGUUUA